AUGACAGUUCAUAUCAUCAACGUUUUCCUCGAGAAUGUGUCCAAACCGACCCUCAAGACUGACUUGCCUCGCCCUCAGCAACGCAUCGAGAGGACCGAGCAGCUGAUCUAUUGCAACACCUUGUUGCUCCAGGAUUCGCUUCCUCUCUCCUCAUUUGAGCAGGACCCUACUCUUGACAAGGCUGAGGUGGCCUGGCUGGUGGAGAUCAAGAAUGACCCGAUAGAGCAAGAUCGUCUACAAUGGCUGGCUAAUCGUAUGGUGGAGAAGUUCAUCCAGGAGGGCAUAAAGGAUUCUACCAAGAUCGCCGAGAUCGUCGCCCUUGGACCCAUCUUCCAGCAGGAGCCUUACCGCAAGCUGUUGUCCUCUCUCAUCAAAGAGCUUGAUGAUUCCCUCCUUCUGAACGUUGACUUGCUCCAGGGCCUUGUCCAACUGGUACAGUCCUCCUCGCCAGGGUACCUUGUUUCUGAUGACCUAAUCAAGAUCCUCGGUCUUCUUAGGAUCCGUUUGCAAGGCACUCACCAACAGUCAACCGAGCACCCUUACUACCUCACCCUGGCAAUCUCCAGAGUCCUUGAUUUCAUGGCUGACCACAAGAUCCAGGGUCUGGACAGAAUCCUUGAGCAAGAGCCUCUGUCUGGGGUCUUGUCUGGGUUGAAGGGCAGCACCAACCCUUACCUCAUGUACCAGGCCUGUUAUGCCUUCCAGGCCCUACAGUAUGUGCCCAACAACGAAACUGUUUUGCAGGCAGUCUUGCGGCAUUCGCGAGGUGUGGUGGAAGGUGUGGUCAAGGUUACGGCACUAGGCAAACUGGACCUGGGGCCGGUGCUCGAGGGACUGGGAAAUCUGCAGGAGGCACUGGGCGGCAUAGCUGAUGUUGCUGGCACUGUGUACGAAGGAGCAAGUUCCUUGGUGGAGAGUGGUCAAGGCGUCAUGGCGAGUUUGAAGGAGAGAUAUGGAACCGGCCAGAAGAGACCUUGGUAUGCGGCCAUCCGUGCCGCCUACGCAUUUGCGCAAGCAGGCCAGCUGAAAGAUCUGAACCGUCUAGUUUGCGAAGCCCCCUGUCAUCGUGACCCUUUGUUUCAGUGGGGCGUCUGCCAGUUGCUGGGAGAGAUUGCGGUCGAUCCUUUGUGGUCCGUUGCCUCUCGCCAGCGAGCCAUCGAACUGCUUGGUCGUCUCUACAAAGAGGAUACAGACUGGGGCUGCGACGGGAGUGUCAAGGCGUGGAUGCUGGCCAUCGUCGACAAGCUAGUAUCCAUUGACGACCGAGAUGUUGCCGCCAGUGCUCUGAUCCUGAAACAGGAGCUCGCUUCUGAAAACACUCCUAUGAUGCAGCACCCGUACCCACUGAGGUCUCGCCUGCUGACCCCAGCUACGUCUUCGAUCCUUGUCACGGUCCAGGACGUCCCUUACCUCGAGUACGAACUGUACAAGCUUCGAUUGCAACGGCUCCAAGAAUACGACGAACGGGCGAUUUAUGUCCUUCCGCAAGCCAAGCCAUCCCUCCUGGCUAAAGAUGAUGAGAUGUUCCCGCUGUUAGAGAAGGUGUUGGAGUUUCUUGGCAGUGACCGUCAAGUCAUGUUGAUCUUGGGAGACUCUGGUUCCGGCAAAUCAUCAUUCAAUCGAUACCUGGAGCACGCACUUUGGACGGAGUACAAGCGAGGUGGACCCAUUCCUCUGUUCAUUAACUUGGCCGCUAUCGACGAUCCCCAGCACGACUUAGUCAGCAAGCAACUGCAGUUUCACAACUUUGAUGAGGAUCAGAUCCUAGAGCUCAAACUGCACCGUCAUUUGGUACUUAUCUGUGAUGGGUACGACGAAAGUCAGCAAUUGGUCAACUUGCACAGAACCAACUCCUUCAAUCAGCCAGACCAAUGGAACACCAAGAUGGUUAUUAGCUGCAGGAGCCAAUACCUCGGACCUUCAUACCAGGACCGCUUCAAGCCCCAGUCUACCGACCGAUAUAAGCCAGCCCCUCACGGUGUUUUUCAGGAAGCCGUCAUUGCUCCCUUCUCCAAGGAGCAGAUCGAGGAUUAUGUUGAACAGUAUGUCCCCAUGGAGCCAAGGUCCUGGAGCACACAGGAGUACAUAGACAAGCUAACGACUAUCCCAAACCUCAUGGAUCUAGUCAGAAAUCCGUUCCUCCUCUUACUCGCGCUUGAGGCAUUGCCCGAUGUCAUCAAGGGUAAGCAAGACCUGUCGACUAUCAAGAUUGUCCGCGUUCAACUCUACGAUACGUUCGUCAAUCACUGGAUCAACGUCAACAUGCGACGACUCCAAAGCAACACCUUGUCCAAAGACGACCACAACAUGCUCGAAAUGCUUGAGGAGGCUGGCUUUGUGGCUAUGGGUGCGGAUUACUCCAUGAGGCUAGCAUUGUCCAUGUUUGAGAAGCAGAAUAGAAAGGCCGUCGUCCAGUAUGUCCACCUCAAAGACAAGUCGACAUGGAAAGCUGAGUUCUUUGGCCCGGAUCCGGAAGUCCGGCUGCUACGGGAGGCCUCGCCAUUGACCCGCUCCGGAAGUUUCUACCAAUUUCUCCACCGGUCAAUGCUCGAGUACUUCUUUUCCUGCACUAUCGUUGGCCCCUGGAAAAUUGAAGAUGACGUCGACGAGUUCUCCUACCUCCAAUUGCUCGAUCCCGAGUGCCCUUUGUUCACACGCAGCCUCAUCGCCGAGCAAUCCGUCAUUCAGUUUCUAAGCGAGCGGGUACAGGAGAACUCUGUCUUCAGGCUCAACCUCGAGGAUAUCAUCACGAAUUCCUGCCGCAUUGCUACCUUAGCGACCGCAGCAGCUAACGCCAUCACCAUCCUUGUUCGAGCUGGCAUCGCUUUUCAUCGACACGAUUUCCAAGGGGUCCGUAUUCCAGGAGCAGAUCUUUCUGGUGGGCAGUUUGAUUCGGCGCUGUUUCAAGAAGCGGAUCUUACGGGCGUCGAUCUCGGGAAGGCUUGGCUACGCAAGGCAGAUUUCAGCAAUGCGCAGAUGGAAGGCGUCCGAUUUGGAGAGCUGCCGUACCUGCAAGAAGAACAUCGUGCUUGGAAUUGUUGCUACUCGCUCGAUGGGGCUUUGCUUGCUGUAGGACUGAGUAGUGGAGGUAUCGCUUUGCACGACACAGAGACUUGGAGGGAAAUCUGCGUGCUAGAAGGACAUGACGACGUCGCAGCAUGUUUGACAUUUUCACCUGACGGCCGGCGGUUGGCAUCUGGGAGUGAGGACAAAGCAGUGCGAGUGUGGGAUUGCAGCAGUGGCGAUCUUCUUUUGACCAUGGAGGCGCAUACGGACGAUGUGACGGCGGUGGCAUUUUCUCCUUGUGGCGAGAAAAUUGCAUCAGCAAGCAUGGAUAAGACGGUGCAAUUGUGGAACUCGGUGACAGGGGAGGCGCUGUUUGCGUUGUUGGGACACACAAAUCUUGUUACAUGUGUCAAGUUUACGCCAGAUGGACGGCAGCUGGUGACGGGCGGUUGGGAUGAGUCGAUUCGAAUCUGGGAUGCAGAUACUGGAUCAUCGGAGGAUGUUUGGGAGUUGAGCCAUGGACCAGUGCGAUGCCUUGACAUUUCACCUGGUGGACGCCGGAUCGUGUCUGGGCAUCGGGACGGUGGUUUGAGACUUUGGAAUACCGCUUCUGGAUCGGCAGGUCCUAUUUUGCGUGGUCACACUAGUGACGUUUCCAACGUUAUGUUCUCCACUAACGGGCAGCGGAUUGCUUCAGCUAGCUAUGACUCCACGGCCAGACUAUGGGACACAUCCGCAGGCACCUUAACCUCCGUGUUCAGUAACAUGACCGCGAUCUUCCAUGCUUCUCUUUCGUCAGACGGUCAACAUAUCGCUUCCGUCGAUAGUUCUAGCGAGGUGCGCCUUUGGGACGUGAGCUCGAGUGGAUCCAGAAUUGAACAGCAUGGACAUUCACUUUAUGUGGUGGCAGUGGCGUACCUACCUACUGGGCAGACUAUCUUGUCCGGCAGCGCGGAUAGAACCAUUCGACAAUGGGACGCUCGAACAGGUGCUGCUGGGUCCUCCGAAGUUGUUUCCGCCAAGGUCGCGCAUACCAUUGCAUUUUCACCGGACUUCCAUCAGACGGCGGCUGGGCACAUUGAUGGGACUAUGCAACUAUGUGACCUUCGAAUCGGUGAAAUCGGACCUAUCCUUGAAGGUCACACAGAUUCUGUGUUGGGUUUGACCUUUUCGCCAUGUGGUCAGUGGGUCGCAUCUGCCAGCAGCGACAACACAGUUCGGCUGUGGAAUCUGAAGAAUACUGAGCAAGGGCAUGUUCUGGCCAACAUGGAUUUGAAAGAUUUCGGAAGGUCUUCGGUGACAUUCUCGCCGACAGGACUGCAGGUUACGGCCGCGGGCAUGGAUGGUACGGUCAAUGUUUACGACGUCCAAACAAGAAGGCUUUUGAGGACAACAGCGUUGGAGGGAAGAGUCAGAGCAGUGGCUUACUCGCCAAACGGUCAAGAGCUUGCUAUCGGGGUCGAAGGCUUUUUAUUCUUUUGGGACCUACAGUCUAAGGAGCCUGACUUUGGACUGGAAGUCAGCUCCUCCGGUGUUUGUUCUAUUGUCUAUUCACCUUGCGAGAGGUGGAUCGCCUGUGGAAAUCUGGAUUCGACGAUUCAACUGUGUCGUCGACAGUCGAGUGAUAUAGACGCCUGGUGUCAUGUCGCUACCGUCGAGGGGUCUCUUGACACGGUCAGUGAUAUCGCAUGGAAUCCUGUUGUUCCGCUUGAGUUUGCCACCUGUGGCGAUGAUCGGGCUGUUCGUGUCUGGAGGAUCUUGGAGGGCAACGAUGGUGAUGAUGUCGUGUCUGUCGACUUGGUCUGGGGAUCUAACGUCGGUGUGCUUGCUGCGGUCGGCAUGAGACUCGACGGUGUUGUUGGUCUUGGCCCCAUCAAUCGGCGACUGUUGAUGCAGCGCGGCGCUGUUGACGGCUCUUUGACUUUCGAGGGAGAUGAAUCGGACACUGACCCUGAUGACAACUAA